AGAAUGGAGGGAGUGGCGCAGAAAGGCAAGAGCAGCUCAUGUGCAUGUGCGAUUGGUGAGGGGAGGGGGGGUCAGAAAUUCAAGUGAGUCCGAUCAAAGAAGAGAGCCGUCUUCCAGUCAUAGAUCUGAAACCCGGUGAGAAGACACAAGAGGGGAACAAAAGCCGUUUUAGAAAACAGCUGUGGAAGAAAACAGAGGCAGGACGUCAGGCUGAAAAAAUCGUGAAUUAAGCAGCGGACCGUUACUCUGCAGGUUGUUUGACCAGGCUGGUUUCCACGGUGACAACAUGGGUGCAGUGGUUGGCACUUUGACCAUGCAAACAAAGCAAAGGAGACCAUCAAGAGACAAAACAGAUGAUGAGCUUGAGAUGACCAUGGUGUGUCACAGGCCUGAAGGUCUUGAGCAACUGGAAGCCCAAACUAACUUCACCAAACAGGAGCUCCAGAUCCUCUAUCGUGGUUUUAAAAAUGAAUGUCCCAGUGGAGUUGUAAAUGAGGAGACAUUUAAACACAUUUAUGCACAGUUCUUCCCUCAUGGAGAUGCAAGCACGUAUGCACAUUAUCUUUUCAAUGCAUUCGAUACAACAAACAAUGGCUCUAUCAAGUUUAAGGACUUCGUGAUGGGGUUGUCUAUUCUGCUGAGGGGCACACUAAGGGAAAAGCUGGAGUGGACAUUUCAUCUUUAUGACAUCAACAGAGAUGGAUACAUUAACAGAGAGGAAAUGACAGAGAUUGUGAGGGCCAUUUAUGACAUGAUGGGCAAGUACACCUACCCUGCAUUAAAGGGAGAUGUCCCGCAGCAGCAUGUGGAUGCCUUUUUUCAGAAAAUGGAUAAGAAUAAAGAUGGAGUGGUGACUUUAGAGGAGUUUAUCAUUGCCUGUCAAGAGGAUGAGACCAUGAUGAGAUCCAUGCAGCUGUUUGAAAAUGUGAUGUAGGACAAGUGGAAAGGAAGGAGACAAAGACAUGGAAAAUGAGAGGGCUUGGCGUGAGCGUGUGUGUAUGUGUGUGGGUGCAUAUGUGCAGUACCUCCAGUCUCUCCUUCUCCUCUUUCCCGUUCUGUCCAGCUGAGAUCUGGAUACAACCAGAAUCUCCCACAAAUGAAGGGAUUGGAGAGGAAUGCUUCUAUCCUUCCUGACAAGUUUUGCCAUGCAGCAAACUCAAAGUGACUGAUGUGACAGGCCUGGACGUUAAGGCAUCACUUUCAGCCCUGUUGUGAAGAUUGGCCUUUAAAAGAUAAAGAUGCUCCUAUAUCACAAGGCUGCGCCUGACCUUUAAAGAACCAUGUGUUCAAGAAGUUGAACUAUUUACUUUAAUGCCAUGUCUUUUUACCUUGCCAGACAUUAACUGCAUGUGUUUGAAAGAGUCUUUUCUUCUGCUAUUUGCUAGAUUCAUUAUGGGGAUUUAGCCACAAGGAUAUGUACAUUUACUGUCUCCUGCAUCCUGUUGUUGACAGAUUUAAAGUGUCAUGUCAGUUGUAAUGAUGCAGUGACCUCUGAUUUAUUUGUGAUAACCUGGCUGCUGUUUGUCAGUCUGGUAAAUGCUUGUUGUUUAAUGCCUAUAGAGGAGUCAAAUUAUUUUAAAGCUGUACAUUACAUGGGUCUCAUGUGGUGAGUAAGUUUGUGUGCCUGUCUAUACAUUGGAACUUAGUUUUUAGUGAAAAGGAAGACUUUCAUAUGUAUUUUCACAAGGGUCUUGUCAAAAAAUGUACAAAAAAAAAAAAGUGCACAAUUUUUUUUUAUGAAGUGCCCACAAAAACCAUUAGCAGUGGUGACAGUUGAUCAGGAUGUAUGUUAUAGAUGUUGGCAGCCAUGACAAACCACCAUGUUUAACUGGUUAAUGUCAGUGUGCCAGAAACAGCCAGUUGAUCUCAGCCCAUUGAGAUCAUUCAUCAGGAAAGUUUUUGAUUAUCUUGCAAUGAAAUACAACUGAAUUUCAGCUCUGAAUUAUGAUCCUGUGAUCAAACCAAGGGAACUUUUGUCUACAUUAAUGAACAUUUGGCACUGCCUCUCCCAUCCAAAUCCAGACAGUGAUGUCACACUUGUGUACAAAAUACAGAUAUAACACUAUAUCUUCUGCAGUGUCCUGCCAGUGGUUUUAUUUUAGUCGGGGUCUGUUUAAAAGCACCACCAUUAUAGAAAACUUGUUGAGACAUAGAAGUUGAAGCACUAAAAUAUUAAUCAUUGUUCUUUUUGCAGUCAGUAGAACAGCUCUUUGCUGUGGGGUACAUCUGUGUGACAUUACAGCCUCAGGUCUCCAUUAUCUUAGUUGAAGUAGAGUUGUUAAAACCCAAAAACAGAAGAUUAAUUCUAAGCCAUAAGAAUAAACAUUCUUUUAAAUA